AUGAGCCACCAAUCUAUUUAUAAUGAUAUCAUUAUUUGGAUAAUCAACAACGACAACAACAAUAUUAUAAAUCAUAAUAAUAAUCAAAAUAACAAUAAUAAUAUUAAUGAUGAUGAUGAUUUUUGGCAUAAUAUGCUUGAUGGUUUCAUCAUGUUCUCAGGUUAUCAACAAUUCUUGAUGAGAGAUGACAUAACGCAAACUGAUGUAGAUCUUUACACAGACAUUAUGGAUCUUCUAAUCUUUGAAAUCUUAACAACACCUCACCUUUUCCAGCUCCUCCAACCACAACACAUACAAAUAAUCCUCACACUUGCAGUCGAGGUUGGUCAUAUGAUCAUCUCACAAGACAAUAAUCAGUCUCUGGAAAUCGAGUGGAUGGAAACACUCGAAAGCGCCCGACACCAAUUCACCUUUACGCCAGCCGUCAACUCUACAUUUGAAAAGGAGACACGUUUGUUUGAUGCCACAGUCAGCGCGCCCGUUGGAGAAGAUCAAGACCAACAGGAGCUAGUGGUUCACGGAGGACUGCCCUCCUUUAUCAACCAUUUGGCUUUCCAACAACUAGCCGUUGAGGAAGAAGAAGAAAAUUAUCAUGGAAUAGCCUACCACGGUUUUAUAAAUCAUUUAGCUAUACAACAACAACAGCAACAACAACAAGUUGAAGAGGAGGAGGAAGGCGAGAAUGUUAUCAUAAAUAUGGCAUUAACCAUGGGUAAUUAUCCUUGGUUUGCUCCAUUCUCUUGUGAUCCAACCUUUAUGUGUGGUCCAUUGGAAAAUAUAUUAAACCAUAAGAUAGUAUGUGGAGAUCUUUAUAAACUGGUCAUCAUAAACAAUGAUGAAACUAGCAAGCCACCAACUAUGCAAGUUAUAAAUCAAGUAUUUGAUUAUCUACAAGAAUAUUUUGGUGACGACCUAUUCUCUGAUAUUAAAAAUAAUAAUGUACAUCAUACCAAUAUAUAUAAUAAUCAUAAUAAUUACGAAAAAAUCAAUCAUAACAACUAUUAUAACAAUAAUAAUAAGAUAAUCAAUAAUAAUAAUAAUAAUAAUCAUAAUAAGAAAUUGAAAAUUCAACUCUAUAGAAAGGAAGUUUCACAAGUUGUUAGAUUUAUGCAAGUCUGCCAAACCAAUGGCGCUAUCGAUUUACGAGAUCUAUAUCAAUCUCUACAACAAUUAAUUUAA